ACGAACUCGGUCAAGGUUAGCCGCAGUCAGUGAACUGGUUCUUCUUUUGGCUGUCAAUAGACAGCUGAGGAAGUCGGUUGGACCGACUUUUUCUUCAGCUUCUUCUGGAAUAAAUAAGCAUCCAAGUGGGGGGAGAUGCGAGUGGACCAGCUCGAUUGAGAUGGCAGCCGACCUGUACGCGAAUGGAUCCGUGAAGUCAACGUCCAACAGAAUUACGGGCAGCAUGAGGCAACGUAAGACCGGCACACUUGGCGCCGCGGCGCCUAUAUCUACAGAAGAGGAACGAUUGAAGUUCCAAGACAACAGAUUCUUAACAACAUUAGUACUUGGCAGAAAUAGGAAAAUUUCACCGGACGUUUUACCCUCUUGUUCUUCGGGGAUUUUCCGGCAGAAGUCAUUCCGCGCCUCAACUCCGCCAAAGAACGCAAACGCACCUGCGGCAAAUAAUCAUCAGUGCGCAAGCGCCGAUUCAAGAAGUCCACGUGAGCCGAAAACAACUAACAGCAACACACGUUCAAAGAGUGGUGUGUUACUGCUCGCGCGGGGUGCUCGAAGUACCAGCAAGCACACACGCCUUGGUACGGCACUGGCAAACAAAAUGGCGUCCUCGAGCUCUACCACGGUCGUGCAGGGCUGGCCGAACACCAAGGACGACUACGAGCUCAAAGAGGUUAUUGGUGUUGGAGCGACUGCCGUAGUACACGCCGCAUUUUGCAUUCCACGGCAAGAAAAAUGUGCGAUCAAAAGAAUAAAUUUGGAAAAAUGGAACACAAGCAUGGACGAGCUUCUGAAAGAAAUACAAGCAAUGUCCUCCUGCAAUCACGAGAAUGUGGUCACGUAUUAUACAUCAUUCGUCGUGAAAGAGGAGCUCUGGCUUGUUCUGAGGCUGCUGGAAGGAGGAUCCCUGUUGGAUAUCAUCAAACACAAAACUAGAACCACAAACUGUAAACAUGGGGUGUUUGAUGAAGCAACAAUAGCAACAGUUUUACGAGAAGUACUCAAAGGCCUCGAAUACUUCCACAGUAAUGGGCAAAUACACAGGGACAUAAAAGCCGGUAAUAUCCUACUAGGAGAAGAUGGCACCGUGCAGAUAGCUGACUUCGGUGUUAGUGCUUGGCUAGCGACCGGUCGAGAUUUGAGCAGACAGAAAGUUAGACACACGUUUGUAGGCACACCUUGCUGGAUGGCACCUGAGGUCAUGGAGCAGGUGAGAGAGGACCAUGGUUAUGAUUUCAAAGCAGAUAUUUGGUCGCUUGGCAUCACUGCCAUUGAAAUGGCUAGUGGCACAGCUCCAUAUCAUAAGUACCCACCAAUGAAAGUACUCAUGUUAACUCUACAAAACGAUCCGCCAACUUUAGAUACUGCCGCCGACGAUAAAGAUCAAUACAAAGCCUAUGGCAAGACAUUCCGAAAAAUGAUCGUCGAUUGUUUGCAAAAAGAUCCGACGAAGAGACCAACAGCAACAGAGCUACUGAAACAUCCGUUCUUCAAGAAAGCGAAAGAUAAAAAAUAUUUACAGCAGACUUUAGUAGCUUGUGGUCCUAGUCUUGAAACUCGAGUACAAAAGGCUUCAAAAAGACAACCUGGUACAUCGGGACGUCUGCAUAGAACAGUUACAGGAGAAUGGGUUUGGUCUUCAGAAGAAGAAGAUAGUAGUGCAUCUAGUGGCGACGAAGGCAAAGAAGCUUUACCUGUUAACACGAUCGAAAAUGCAUCUAGCACCGAAGAGGAACCGGAGGAAGAGUUUUAUGGACAAGUGAAAUCAGCACGAAGUCAUAUUGUUGUACAGGCUACGGAGCCGAAUGUUCCUAUAAAUUUGGUGCUAAGAUUAAGAAACCAGAAACGAGAGCUUAAUGAUAUCAGAUUUGAAUUUGCUGUUGGGGUGGAUUCUGCCGAAGGUAUAGCAGCGGAAUUAGUCGGUGCAGGAUUGGUAGAUGGUAAAGAUAUCGUCGUAAUAGCAGCAAAUCUACAAAAACUCAUAGACAGUGCCGGCCAAUUACGAACAGUAACAUUUUCAUUGAAUUCUGGUCAUGCAGCCAAUGAACUGCCCGACGACAAGGCGUUAAUAGGAUUUGCUCAGAUCUCCAUCACCGAUUAAAACAGAAUACAGAAGUUUUUGAAAUUUCUCAGGAUACCAUUCUUAGGCGCCAGUUCAGAAAAUGCAAAAACUGGUUGGUUCUCUCAUUGACUGAGAACAAUUUCGAAAAAAUUUCACCGAUUCGUAGACACCUUCUGUUAUCAUUGUUUUCUCUUUCUACGGUUUUUUUCUAUUUUUAUUUCCUUGGAGUUCUAGCAAAUACGAUAAAGUAAUGCAGAAUAUAAGCGUUGAACAGAAUUCAUUUACAGAUGGACUGCUUGAAUGCGUAUUCGAAGUAACAUAUAAAUACGAGUUUUUGAAAAACAGAUUGUUUGAAGAUCUUUGCGGCGAUAGAGAAUAGAUUUCUUAUUG